AUGAUCCCCAUGAGCAUUUCCGACGUCGCCGUCUGGAUUGACAGCGUGCCUACGCCGCAAGUCUCUCCGUUGAUUUCGCCAAUUGUUCCUCGCGCAGUCGACGACAAAGAGAACCCCCGACCAGCAAAGAAGCGCCGCAUCAUGCAAGCCGACCCGGACCAAACACCCCGCCCCCCGAAGCGACUCCGUGACCUCAAUAGCGCGCCUCAAUUCGCUCCUCCCUCUCCAACCAAGAGCGCCUCAAGCGCAGCAGUAUCCGAAGCCUCCGAAGUCGAAUCGCAUUAUAGUGGGCGUCUGAGUCCCGUGAAGCAGCUCCAGCUGCUUGAAGACUUUGAAGAACAUCCCAUCGUCUUUUGCAACUUCGAUGACGACGAGGAUGGGGCGGAGCCCGAAGACGUCACGGCGAUGCGCAGAGCUGUUCAACGCUUCGCAGACGGCAUUGGAAUCUUGGGAUAUGAUAACAUGGAUGCGGUUGUUUCGGCUCUACUACCGAUGGACAGGAUGCGAUUCCAAUAUCCCUGGGCAAACGACCUGGAGCACCGUUGUGUCCUUGGCUCGAUGCCUUCGACGGCGCAGGUACUGGGUAUUGUGGAGAUGGCACGGAAGUAUGACCAUGGUUCAGGCGUCUCCGAGGACGAGUGGAACUCUGAGGUCCAGCAUCCACUCCUCAAACUUGCACACAACACAUGCAAAUACCAACAGACGCUUGAAAUUCAUAAUGUAAAAACAGUCAGGAUCGAACCCACAUCACUUGCACGCUCCACUCUCCCCGACCGCGUCGUCGAUUAUGUUGUCGCACUCAACCCGGACCAAGCCAUCAAACAAGCCUGGCGCCGCCUCCGUCCGCUCCCUGGCGCAUCCAUCAAGUCCUGGAACCACACGACUCGGGCCCGUCAUAGUCCCAUUGCCAUUAAUGUUGAAACCAAAGGCCCCAUGAAGUCAUGGACAGACGGCAAACCUCAAAUCGCGAUAUGGACCGAUGCCUGGUUGAACCGCCUCGCUCUUAUCCGCGGCACUACAAGUGGGCCGUGGCCCGCUCUCCCACUUCUAAUCGCCCAAGGUCAUGAUUGGCACUUGUUGGUUUUCUCCAAGGAUGACCAGAAGAUGACCAUUCGGGAGCAAAUUGACAUUGGGAGUACGAGGUCGUGCUUUGAUACGAUGAAGGUGAUAGCGGUCCUUCACUGGCUUAUGGGCUGGGCUGAGACGGUCUGGCGGCCGUGGCUCCUGUCCCUGGUAGGCUGAGAUUAAUAAAGUCACCCGAGACCGCAUCCGGAGCCUACCUUAAAGCCACUAGAGGUCCUUUAGCUAUUGAUUGUUAUCCUUUAGAACAUAUCGACAUAUUAUACUUCGACCGCUGCGUCAGUCAGUCCCUAGACGAGAAGGAGAGGUUUCUUCCCGAAUAUCAACGAAGAGUGCAUCGCUGGGCCCGUCUUUCAAACCAACGAGCUUUAGCGGAGUCGGCGGACCUGGAGCUCCUUUCGACGACGUAAACAGGGUGUGAGAUAUGAUGGAUGAAUCGUGCCGGGACUCCAAA